AUGGGUACAGGUGGUUCGGGUUCAUCCAAAGAAGAAUUUGGCCUAUGGUCUAUUUGUUCUACAUUAGGUUGUAAUGCCUUGGGAUGCCGUACUUCAUCUGAAUGCGCAAAAAUGUAUGCUGCCAGAGCAUUUAUGAUAAUUGCCCUUACUCUGGCAACGCUUGGUGCCAUACUGAUCAUAGUGUAUUUUGUGCUUCGUAUGAUACGCAAGAAGACAGAUUCAGGCUUUAUACCUAUGAUUGGUUUCAUGUUUUUCUUGUGUGUUUUGGCGGAUGUUAUUGGUGUUUCUGUAGGAAUAGCGUUCACCCUUCAUGAAGGUGGAUAUUCAUUGGACCCGGGUGCAUUUAUAGCAAUUGUUGCAGUUGGCAUGAAUUUGGUUGGUAUGAUUAUACUAUAUACAUUGAGACCACGUAAAGAUAAGGAUGAAACUGCAAAUAAAAGUAAUCAUGAAGAUGUUCAGGUUGAUAUGGUUCAAGUAUCUAACCUCUCGGCUCGCGGCAAUUCUGCUGCAGACAUUACUACAAUGUUUUAA